UGUUCGUUCGGUGUGCUGCAUGAAGCUGACAGGUUGAGGAUGGACUGUCCCAGCUGUAAGAAGAGUACCUGCUGCCAGUGCAGAUCACCUUGGUCCCCUCAACAUCAGGGAAUCUCCUGUGACCAGUUCAGAGUUUGGCAGCAACAGAAUCAGCCAGACCACAACAGCACCUCUACCCUGCUCAGCUAUAACAGCAUUGAGUGUCCCCGGUGUCAGUGUGUAUUCAGUCUGUCUAAGGGAGGCUGUCUCCACUUCACCUGCAGUCAGUGUCAGCACCAGUUCUGUGGAGGCUGCAGUCAGACCUUCACCCCUGGAUCUGCCUGCGGUUUCUCUGCUGACUGUGGAACUAAAGGUCUCCACGCCCACCACCCCAGAGACUGCCUGUACCACCUGAGAGACUGGAGUGUUCCCCGCCUACAACUGCUGCUGCAGUAUUGCAGAGUGUCUUCUACCUGGUUAGAACCGGCCAGUAGCAGCUCAGCUGACUUCCGUCAGACAGGAGUGUGUUUGGUUCUGGAGCUGAGAGACGAUGGCAGCAGACGGGAGGAGCCCUGUGGACGACCUGCUCUACCUGAAUACAGAGGAUACUGCCAGUUGCACUAUAAGGAGCGUUUGGUGGAGCUGAUAAACCGUUACCGUGCCGACCCGGCCGUCCUCUUCAGCCCAGCGGAGAUGGUGGCGGAGCUGCAGCGCUGGAACAUCACCAUACCGACCAGGAAACCAGACGAACCAGAGCCGCUGUACGCACACCGCCUCCGCAUG